AUGAAAUACCCCUGGCUCCGCCCCCUCAAAGCAAAAGCCUUGCAACAAAUAGCCCAGAAAACGGGGAUUCAAAGCUCAGGCACCAAGGCUGUGUUGGUGGAGAGGUUAGAAGGGGAACUUACUCCUCUCUUCCCUCAUAUUCAGAAUGACAGAGGGAAGCUGAACGAACAUAAGAACGAAAAGAGAAGGAAUAAUGAUGAUAAUGAUGGGAUAAGAGUCCUAAGCAUCGAUAUGGGGAUUCGGAAUCUGGCUUUUGCGGUGUUGCAUUCUCCUUAUCCUUCCUCCUCCUCUUUUUCUUCUUCGGGAUCAAUAUCAUCUACUGGAUCAUCCGAGGCAUAUACACCCAGAGACAAAGCCAAGGAAGGGAAUAGCAUAACCCUCACCGCGUGGAAAAGACUCUCCAUUCCUGAUCUGUGCUAUGCGCAACUUGAAGGAACCCCAUCCCUCAUCACCACCACUACCAAACCCAAGUCACAAGUCACAGAAGAAGCUAAAGAAGACUUUUCCCCCUCCCUCUACGCCCGCCACGCAAACACCCUCAUCACGACCCUCCUGUCCACGUAUAACCCCACCCACAUCCUGAUCGAAAGACAGCGGUUCCGCACGGGAGGCGGGUCCGCGGUCCAGGAGUGGACGAUCCGCGUGGGUGUUUUGGAGGGGAUGUUGUAUGCUGUUUUGGAGACGAUUAAUUCGUCCCUUUUAUCUUCUUCUUCUUUUUCUUCUGGUGGUAAGGUGCAGGUGUAUCCUGUUGAGCCUGGGAGGGUGAGUCGGUUUUGGGGGGAGGAAUCUGGGGAUAUUGGUGAUGGGGGUGGAGAUAUGGUGGUGAAGAAGCAGAAGAAGAGGAAGAAUGUGAGGGAUGUGAAGAAGAUGAAGAUUGCGUUGGUGAGGGAGUGGUUGGUGUCUGCUGCGAAUGACGAUGGGGAUGGGAGGGUAGUGCUUGGUGGUAGUGCUGGGGAGGGGGAUGAGGUGAGGGAGUUGGCGAGUGCGUUUCUGGAAAAGUGUGAAGGGAAGAGACGGACCAAGAAGGGGGAAGAUGGUGUGGAUAUUGGCAAAUUGGAUGAUUUGGCGGAUUGUCUUGUGCAGGGGGUUACUUGCUACUUUUUACAAGUACUAAGAGCCGAUGUACCCGCUAAGACGCCUUCGCCACCUGCUGGGUCACUCGCCUGA